AUGCGCACUCCAUCCCUGGCAAUCAUCGUUUCCCUCGCAUCCACCAUCCUCGCCGCUCCCGCAAGCUCCGGGACCGCAAACAUCCAGGUCUCCCUGGAUACUCGGCAAUCCGUCGUCAACGUCGAAGCAACCAUCGUCUCCCUCAUCAAUGAUUUCGUCCAAGGCCGUAGCGGGGCCCCCGAAUACGCCGCCGUCAAGAGCCAACUCACGGCCAUUGGGAAAGUCCUCGGAGUCACGUAAGUGAAACACACACCACGGCCCCUCUCUUCUUAAGACAAAAAUUGUACAUUUGAUUUGAUUGUAUGCUGAUGAUUGAUCUUCCAACAGCUGUGCACCGACCCAUACCGACGGAGCCAAGACUCCGCCCGAAGCGAUCGUGGCUCUGGGCACGACGCAGAAUUCCCUCAACCAGUUGAAUCUCGACAUCACCAUUGCCGGGGCGGAUCUAUCGGGGGAUUACUGUGCGGCGUGGAGUAGUUUCCGAUCGGUCGGUGAUCUGGCGAAUGGGAAGGGAAAUUCUUGA